GCGGCGUGACGAAUCGGGAAGGCUCGGCUGCGCGAUACAUCACCGCCUGCCGCCGCUGGACCUCGUCGCUCUGACCCAAGACACAUCAACCGACGACACCCUCUCCGACCGUUUCUAUUCUCGAGGCGCGCCUUCCUCGCCGGACGGCCUCACAAUAUGGGCCAGGCAAAUUCGACGGGCGCUGCGGACGCGCAAACACGGCGGCGCUCGCGGCCGCGGUCAUGGGCGCCUGGCUUGCUGGCCUCGUCCCAGCCCGACAGCGACACAGUGCCAGAGCUGCUGCAGAGAGCGCCGGACACGCCCUCACGACCCCGAUCAAGCACCACAAGACUCUCCAACCGCCUCUCUUCUCACUUUGGGCGCCAGGAUGCUGGCCCGUCAGCGCCCGGAGAUGCUCCGUUGCCCAGUCGCUCGCGAUCGCGGCUGAACCGGGCGCGCUCUUCUCUCAGUUCCAUGACGGGCCUGCUGUCCAGGCGGCCGCCCAUGUCUACCCGCAAUACUGAACCCACGCCCGGCGUUGCUGCAGCCAGCAUACCCAACACCAGCACGCCAAGCCGCUCCGCUCUGAGACACGCAGCAAGCGACCGAGGCCCCUUCCUUCCACGUGUGCAGGUACCGGAACUGGGGCUCGACUUUGACCAGCUGCUGCGGAGCAACUCGCAGGGCGAUCGGCCGGACGCACAUCGACCGCGGCCGCUGGUUCCUCUGAGCCCACUGCGCCGGGAUGGGCGGGCUCUCGGCAUUAUUCCGUCUCAGCGGCGACUUCGCAACAUGAUAGGACACCCGCGGAGAAGACGAUCACUGUGGCAGGAUGGAGAGAACAUGGAAAACGUGCAGCAGCUGCGGCAGGGCGAGGACCAGGCCGACGUGCUGUCAAGACUGCUAUCGCUGGCCGCCGCAGCCACGGCAGCCUCACUGGUGGGCGAUGACAACCAAGCAGCAACCCGAGACGGCACAUUUGAUACCUUUUUACAGUCGCUGCAGAAUGGCAGCAUAGCAUCGGCGCUCCGAGGCAACGAGGACGGACAAGGUGGCGAUACUCCGGGAGCCGCCCAGGCGCCCCUCAACUUCUUCAGAAUGUUCCGGUUCGGCACCGGCACCGACAACGGGCGGAAUGAUACUACUGGGCACGGCGGUAGUGCAUCAGGGAACAGUGGAGCAGAAGGCGACGAGGAUGGGGAAGGCAGGAUGGUGCCCAUCAUCAUCGUGGGCAUCCGAUCCAUACAACCCGGAAGUGGCACUGGACAGGAGGAUGCCAGCAUACCGCCCUUCCUUGAUGCUCUCUCGAGCUUCCCCACACCUCCAACGUCACCAGGCGAUGCCAAUGCAAACAUCCUACAACCACCACAGAACGGCACACGCUUCAGCCAUAGACGGCGAGCCUCGAUGGGCGGCUUCAACUUUCCUUCCAAUUACGACAGUCAAAGACAUCACCGCGGCACGGCACAAGAGCGCCCUCGUCCAUGGUCAUCCGUUACUGACUCUCCCCCGGGGCCUCUCCCUCCACCCUCCACGCCCGCUACAACGCUCAACUUCUCAGCCGGUCCAUCAGGCGCCACCACACCAGCGACUUCCACCUCUCCUCCCUCGCCGACCAUACAGUCCUCGGCACCUUCACGGCGGAACAGCUUCAUCCGUAGAGCUGCCGGUUCGACUCUCGAGCCCACUGCAGAAGAGCCACAAACGCACACCCGCAAUGCUCGCCCACGACGCUUGAGCGAGUCGGAUUUCACGAGGUAUGGGUCGGGUGCACCCCGUAGAAGAGGUGUCGUGGAGCCCGACAACAAUCCUGGGGAGGGUUCGAGGAGCUGGAUCAUAUAUGUCUUGGGAGGGAGCUACCCAGAGAACCACCCCAUUCUUACCACCCCAAGUCUCUUCACCGAUUCCCCAACUUACGAAGACAUGAUGUUGCUUUCUUCUAUACUCGGGCCCGCCAAACCGCCAGUUGCGAGCGAAGAGGAUGUGGCUUCGGCUCCGGGUCUCUUCAGGAUACAGGAUCGUGUUGGUACUCUUGUGGCCGAGGCUGUUGAGGGCGAGGAAACCAUCAGUCUCGUUCCGGGUGCGCGCUGCCUCGUCUGCCUAUGCGACUUCGAGGUAGAUGAGGAGGCGCGGAAGCUGGUCAGGUGCGAACACAUGUUCCACAAGAUUUGCAUUGAUCAGUGGCUGACAACAGGACGCAACUCGUGUCCGCUCUGUAGAGGUGAGGGUGUGCAUGAAACGGUCAAAGAAGCCGAUGCCAUUUCCGAUGCCGCAACGCCUGCCGCGCCGCAAGCAGCCGCUUGAACGAUUCUCACUUGCAGCAGAUCAGGCUCUGCUCUUCCGGCUCCGCUCAUUCUUCACAUAUACCCCUUUCUUAUAUGAUUGGUUGCUCCACUCGGUUUAUUGGAUACGAAGGAUCAUCGUAUCAGGCUGUUUUCUGUAUUUCCUGCAAACUGGAGCGUUCAUGGCGUCCACAAUCUACCACUCGAAUCUUGGCAUAUUUGGCAUCACGGCAUCCCGGGGAAAAGGGAUGGGGGUUGGACUGUCUUUCGGUGGGCAGCAUCUCAACGACUUGCUACGAAUCUCUCUUUGUACAUGCGGUAGGAUAAGACAGGAGAAGUGAUUUAGCUUCUAAAGCUACAUUAUUAAGCAGGCAUGACCAACUGCUACGCUUGUGCUGAAGCCAGCCUGCUAGCAGUAAUAAUGACAAGGCGCGUUCUUUCGGCAUAUAACUUCUCA